AGAGCUUACUUGUUACUUACCGCUCUCUGCGUCUUCCCUCUGCAGUCAGUGAACUCAGCUCUACUGGGACAGCUUCUAAUGACUUCAUAUCUGUUGAGUUUGCAAUGAAUGAAAAUGUAUAGAAUGUUGCUGCACGGCAAUAUGACUUAGACUCAGUUCCCAGAUCCAUCUGCGGUUUUUCCACAGAAACUGAUUGCAUCUGAAGAUGGGCACGAUGAGGUUAUAUCCACUGCUGUUGCUGUUGUUUGGGUCCUUCCAAAGAGCCAUUUCUCAGUUUCCUGGAUGGAUUGGUGAGGUGGAAGGUAGUGGUGAGACAGAAUGGAUUUCCCAACCAGAUUUCAUAGAAGACAUAUAUUGGUCCGGGUCAGCGCCCCUUUGUUUAGGAGGUUGUAAGGCGCGACACCAGGAGCUGAGGAGAGAUCGCUGUGGAGACUCAAGCUGCUGCUGGCUCGGCUACAAGUCCCUGUGCAGGGUGAACUGUGGGAGGCCCGAUGUGGACUAUAAUGGACAAGUGUAUGGUAAUGACUGGUGGGUGGGCUCUGUGGUGAGGUACUCCUGUCGCCCUGGCUUCAUGCUGGUGGGAAACCCUACCAGAUCUUGCCAGCCUAAUGGCCUCUGGACCCAGAAACCUACCUGCCUCAGAAUGUGUGCGCGGGGACGCAUUGAAAUCAGUGAGAGUGAACUGAAUGGGACUUGCAACUCCACCUGCGCAUACAAGAGCUACUUUGGCCCACCCAAACAAGGCUGCACUCGGAUAGACAACUGUUAUAAGAAGGAGACUGGCUGGAAGCGGUUCUUUGCGCUGUGUGUCCCUUGCAUUUGUGACUGCGCUUUAUCAUGUGGUGAGAAGCUUCCCCGCCACACUGUCGAGCACAAUUGAUGAACUGAUGUAAAGUGAGAAUGUUGCAAUGUGUCAGUGAAAUUACCUUGACUGUGGUUAAUUAUUGCUUCAAACAUGAAUUUGCUGUCUUUCUUUAAAGAAGUCCAUGCAAAGAACACUUUUGACUUUUUAUUUUUUGCAUUUAACAUUUACAGGCUAAAACAUGGAAGAACAGUUAGAUUAGUGAGAUAUACACAGCUUGUACACCGCAAAGCCACGCUAUGGUCUUGCUGCUUCAUCCAAUUGUGUAGACAAAUCACUCUGCCUCGUUGCUCCUCCUCUUAGUCCAUCUGUCUUGGCGGAAGAUGAAACCUUAAUCUUGUUUCAAAGGGAGGAGCUUUGGUCGGGGAGGUCGAGUCAGAAUUAACACAGAGUGUUGUAGACCUUAUAAGCAAAUUGUUUUAUAAGUAGUAGACUGUGCAUUUUUUAAUAUUUAAAUUAUUUGUUGUGGAAAAAUGGCACAUUUAUUUUUGUUGUCAAAUCAAAUCUUUAUUUUUAUAUAGAUGGAAUGCUUGAAUCUGCAGUCAUUUCCUGCUGUCGUAAGCUGUUGCCACAGUUGUAUGCAUCUCACUUCCCAGUGUUAUUUAACCUUUCUGCACUCAAACAAUUUUGAUUGGCAUAACGCUUCCAGGCAUAUGAUAUUUCUUUGUAUAUUGUCUGUGUAGUCUUCAAAUUAUUUGUUGUAUUCAUUACUAAUACCCCAUCUAUAUUUAAAGUUAAAAAGCAUUCACAAAAUGUUAACAAAUGUUGCAUAUAUUUUUCAAAGAGUGCCAUUAUGUGAUUGUUUUUUUCAUAUGUUUGAUAUUUUGCAAGCCAGUUGAGUGGAGUUUGUAAAAUUUGAUGCAAAUUAUCUGAUAAAUGACAUUGCUCCUGACUGCCA